AUAGCUUGUGGAUGUCCAGCGGAACUCAGCGUCUGAUUUCGGGAGUUGGGCAUGUAUGUAGGCUGUUAUUGUUUGUAUGAACCGUCCCAAAUGAAAUGUUAAAUUAGUUAGUGUCUCCUUUUGUGAAGAAACAAAACAGCGAGCACUGUGUCGUCGACUCAGCAUGGAUUUGGCGAAAUUUCAUCCCGUUUUCCUGCUUCUCUGCUUGUUACCAGCAGCGGUGGGCCACGUGGAGCCGCCCACCAACGUGACCCUGCACUGCCACAACAUGCACAACGUGCUCAAGUGGAGUUAUGACCAACUCUCACCAGGGCUUCGAUUCAGAGUCAAUAUUGGCUCAACAUUAGGAUUAAACGGUCAUCCUCAAGUACUCUGGGUGGACCCACCAGCUCCACUCCAAGCUGACGUGUCAUUUCUCUCCGAUCCAAGUAACGAGUACCAGCUUAUGGUCACUGCUGUGGUUGCAAACAAUGAGUCUGAGCCUGCGCCUGAGGAAGGAAUCAUUUUCAGCUAUUUCAAGGACUCUCAAGCAUAUCAGAAAUGUUCUGUGGAUUUCCCAACAGUAAAUGUCACUGCCCAACAGGAUGAUACUGUGCUGCUCCGCUUCACACAUCCUUGGCUGCUGUACCACAAAAGCAUUAGUCCAGAUGCAAAAAUAUCCAAGAAGAAACGCAACAAUGCGCAGAGCAGCCAACAGCUGCCUGUGUUUAAUUACGACGUACAGGUCAUCAGCCAGAAGGGACACCACAGGAAGAGCUGUGUGACAAGUGUGUGUGAGGAGAAGUUUUCAGUGGAUCCUGCUGAGAAAAAACACUGUGUGAAGGUCAAGGGAGAGGUGGAGAAAAUCUCAGUUAAAGCCACACAAGAGUACUGCGCCCUGACAGUCGAAGAAAGACCAAGCAAACUUGUCUACAUCGCCGUUGCGGGCGGUCUGUUGGCCUUGGUUGCAGUUGUUGUUGUUUUCAUCAUGGUAUUCCGAAAAAAGACCACGCCCUCAACUUCUUUACCAAGAUCGAUGACAUUCACCAAUAAACUGAAGCAGUUGCGUUCUGGAGUGGUUCAAGAUACAAUCUCUGUGCCGGUAGUGGCGCCUGCCUCACCCACACCUCUGCUGACACCAGAUGAGAUUGAACCCACUUUGACUGUUACUCCCUCCGCCGAGCCAGACCUCCGUCUGCCCAUUGGUUUGCCAAAGGAGGAUGAAGGUGUGUCUGUUGACAUGGAGGUAGGAAGUGAUGAAGGACCUGGCUACAUGCAGGGCAGGAACCUGGAAGAAGACGAUGAGCUUUGCUCCAGUGAUGUCCCCUCUGGUUAUGAGAAACGUGCAGUGUUAGUUGAGUUAGGAGAGGGUGAACUGGUCGAGGGCUACCAUGGUUGAAUGUGGAACUUGUGCCACAUUGAAUGUUUUACAAGGUCAAAUAAGGCACUCUCCGGCAGUCACCCAUCAUUAAAAUUGAAAACUAUGAAAGUCUGAACAGUGACUUACAGUCGUGGUUACAAGUGCCAGGUGGUCUGGUUUGUGUUAUUGUCUUUGUGUUUGUGUUAUUUCAGACCAUCUCAAUGCCAAGUCAAAUGAGAAUCAGGAAUUUUCCUCUUGUUAGUGCACCUUGACGUGAGUUACAUUUUUAUUUGUAUUUUCAUUAAUAUGUCGGAGUGGCACAACAAGAUCAAAUGUCAAAAGUAAUUGCCAAAUCAAAUCAGUCAGCAGAAUUUUAGCAGUGUGGUAAUCUUGUCCUUAAAUCCUCGUUUCUGCUAGACAAAUACCCAUUAACACCCGCUUACGUCUCGCUUUGGUCUUUAGCAGAAACGGUUACAGUCGACUUUGAUUACCACACCAAAUCAUACUGCGGCAGUACUGUACACAUAACACCUGGAUGAGCAAGCUUAUUUUUAACCCUCUCCUGGUGCAGUUCAUUGAUGUCACAAAUUGCCACAAAGAAAAGCACCCGAAAAUCAUAAAAAUCAUUUACCAACAUAAACAAAGAGGUAACCACUGUAACCUUUUCAAUGGCCUCCAUGUUGCCUUCUGCAUUUUACUGACCCUGUUUUUCAGCAAGUUAAAGUUCGGACAUAAUUUCCACAUUGCAAAUCCACACAAAGCUGCUGUCAUGUGGUCACAGAUGCACACAGAUCCUCCUAUUGCGGACAUCGUGUGAAAGAGAAACUGAGCGAUGCCACUGGGUCUGGAGUAAAUGUCUGUCGAAUAUCCAUCUUUAAACAAACUUUACUGCGGCAAGGCUCCUGCUGCUGGCUUGACAGCAGUGUUUUU